AAUAACUCAACCGUAGUGUAAACAGGCUAUACAAGAAUUAUAUCCGAGGAGUAUUUUUUAUAUGCUCUCACUUUGUGAACUUGAAUUGUCGGUAAUAUUAGUCGGUACCUAACGUUACGUUUGAGAUUCUGGCGCCAAUAUUCAACUUGGACAGAAGCGAAUAAGAAUCGCCUACAUUUUUAACCCAUUCCAUUUCAGACUCGGAGGCGAAUGCAUUAAAUAAUUCAUUAAAAAUCGAACUGGGAACAACAAUGACGACGUUCCCAAAGAUAAGGACUCUGAUUUCCGGUCGUGGGAUGCUGGGGCUAUGUUUUCUGCUGCUUGCCGUUUCCGUGCCAGGCGCCACUUCAGCAGAUGCGACUGCAAUUAACGGCACCAGCAGUGACAAUGGCAGCGUCAGCACCCUGGACCGUCUGCACGCUGGUCUGUUCAUUAACUACGACAAGCACACACAGCCGCUGGACAAGGCGGGCGAGGCCAGUGAGGUCAACAUGGUGCUGAACAUCAACUUUAUCGACAUUGACGAGAUGAAUGGCAAAAUGACGACACACUGCUGGCUGAGUAUCCGUUGGACGGACGAGCGGCGCACGUGGCAGCCGGAGGAGUACGAGAACAUAACGCGUAUCCAUUUGCGUGCCACCGAGAUUUGGACACCGCAGAUCACGCUCUUCAAUGCGGCCAGCGAUGAUGACGGCUUCCUGGUGCACACUGAGGUGAUUCUCACCCACAAGGGCGAAUUUCUGUGGGUGCCACCGGCCGUUUACACGGCCUACUGCAAUCUCAAUAUGAUCAACUGGCCGUACGACGAGCAGACGUGCAAGCUGCAGAUUGGCUCCUGGGGCGUGAGCAACCUCAAUGCGGAUUUCGAAAGAACGGAGAAAGGGAUAGAAUACAACAAGGGGAUGCAGUCCGCCGAGUGGCAGAUCAUCAAAGGGGAAACGAAUUUCGUGCGCUAUUACUACUACAGCUAUCUGGAGUACACCCUGACGGCGCAGCGACGUUCCAACAUGUACACGGCCAUCAUCUACACGCCGGCCUCCUGCUUUGUGAUCCUCGCGCUGUCCACCUUUUGGCUGCCUCCCCACAUGGGCGGCGAGAAGAUCAUGGUCAAUGGCCUGCUCAUGAUCGUGGUUGCCUCCUUCCUCAUGUACUUUGCCCAACUGCUGCCCGUGCUGGCCAAUAAGACGCCGCUUGUGGUUGUCUUUUAUAGCGCCACGCUGCUCCUACUGAGCCUCUCCACCAUUGUGGAGGUGGGUGUGCUCUACUUGUCCACGGCCAAGCACAAGCGACGCGUGCCAGACUGCCUCAAGAAGCUGCUGCACGGUAAAUUCGGCUCCUGGCUGCUUCUCUCGCACUUCAGCUGCGAGGCUGAGCAGCAGACGGAGACGAACAAGGAAAUGGACGAGCAUGUCUAUGACAAUGCCGAUGAUGAUCCGCUGGACAUAAACCCCGCGCAGGUGCCCACAUCCCGGGCCAUUCAAUUCGAUUGGGCACUGCUGGCCACGGCCGUGGAUCGCGUCAGUUUUGUGGCUUUCAGCCUGACCUUCCUCAUUUUGGCCAUUAUGUGCGGUGUCUAGGGAGCAUGCCUAGUAUCCCCACCUGCAGGAUUACUGCUUAAUUGUAUCUGUAUCUAUAUCUAUAUCUAUGUAUCUGUAUUUGUUUAUUUACUAAAUGUAUCUGUGUGC